AAUGCUUCAGCAUUUUUGCAGCUCAUGAUUUAGGUGAGACAACAUAGCUGACCGGAGCAAACUAAAUCCGUGCCUGUUCAAGUUGAACACCAGCACAAUGAAGCUUCUUCAAUCUUUACUAGCAGUGCUUUUGAUAUCAUUUGGAUUUGCGACUGCGACUCCCACGGUCAAAUCGGCGCCGGCACGAGCGCCUGAGGCCUAUGCGACGCUGGUUUAUGGAGAGGACUUUGUGCUUGGAGCUCGGGUGCUGGGGCAGUCGCUGCGUGAAGCGGGGACGACGAGGGACAUGGUGGCCCUGACCACGGGCUCCCUCUCCGCCGCCUCCGAGCUGACGCUGGCCAGCGACGGCUGGCGGGUCAUCCACGUGGCGCCGGUGGCCAACCCCGGCAAGGGGCCGCAGCCGGGCCUUGGCUACCCGGCCCGCUUCGCCUACGUGUACACCAAGCUGUACAUCUUCAAAAUGACUGAGUACAAGAAGAUCGUGUUCAUCGACGCGGACGUGCUGGUGCUCCGCAACAUGGACUCCAUCUUCAAGUGCCCGGGCUUCUGUGCGGCGCUGCGGCACAGCGAGCGCUUCAACACGGGCGUGAUGAGCCUGGUGCCCAGCCAGGAGCUGUACGACGACAUGAUGGCCAAGGUGGCGUCCAUGCCCAGCUACACGGGGGGGGACCAGGGUUUCCUAAACUCCUACUUCUCGGGGUUUGCGCACGCGCCCCUGUUCGACCCCGACACGCCUUACACCUCCGACCAGUACAAGUACAUGCGGCUCCCCACCACCUACAACGCGGACGUGGGGCUGUUCGUGGUGGGCAGCAACCGCUGGAUGCUGCCGCGCGACACCCUGUACGUCAUCCACUUCACGCUGGGGCCCUUCAAGCCCUGGGUCUGGUGGUCGGGCUGGCUGGUGCGCGAGAACCCCGCCUGGGAGGCCGUGCGCGGCCGCCUGCCGCCCGACUCGCGCGGCCUCAAGGCCGGCACCACCCCCCGCCAGCUGUUCUACGAGCGCUGGAUGAUUGCGCUGCCGGUCGCCGCCUUCGCAGCCAUCGCCUACUUGGCCUGGGCCUCGCUGGCGCCAGCAGUCAAGGAGGGGCUCAGCGGACUUACAAACAUCCUGCGCCGCCGCGGUGGGGCUGGCGGCGGCUACGGCCUACUGGGAGGCAGCGGCGGCGCGGGUGGGGCGGGUGCGGGCGGCGCGGGCAGCCACGGCGUCAGCGGCGCGGACGUGGUGCUCAAGAUGUCGCCGGCGGGCAACGCGAGCGCCGGGGACGUGUUCCCCAGAUUCUUCAUGGCCGGCGCGCUGGCCGCCGGCUACGGCUGUGUGGUGCUGGCCACAAUCAUCACCAUCCUCAUGGUGCCCUACGAGGUUGAGCCGCUGUACGGCUGGACGCUGAGCUACCUGUGGGGCUUCCUGCUGCUGGGCACCUGCUACGGCCUGUUCCUCAGGGCCUGCUUCGCAGCCGGCCGCCGCGCCGGGCUGCACCCCGCGGUCACGCCGCCCAAGGGCUGGGUGGGCGCCCCUCCCGUGCCGCGCUCCGAGACGGCCGCCAGCGCGGCCUUCCUGGUGGCCUCGCUGCUGCUGGCGCCCUGGCUGGGUCGCCUGCUGCACAUCAACUCCUUCGUGGGCACCAUCGUGGCCACGGUGUUCAUCGGGCUGGGCGUCAUUGUGGUGGCGACCGUGCAGUUCGCCUUCCUGCCCGCGCAGUGGUACAUCGCCGGCCGCAUGGCGGCGGCGGCGGGCGCCGGCGCGCGCGCAUCCUAGGCGCCCGCCGUUGCGGCCCGUGGCGGCCGGUUCUAUUCCGGGCGCUGAUCCUGCGCGGGUUAAGUGGGUGCAUGUUUGCAGCGCGGGCGGCUUUGCAAGAAUGAGAGGUGGGGGCGUGUGUUGGUGCGGGCAUGAGUGGUGCGGGCAUGUUGGCGGGAGAUACGGUACAUGAGCCAUUCACUGCUAUUUUGCGGAUGAAACGGAAUUGGCGGAGAGCACGGGUUUUUAUAUGUUUGCGGAAUGAACUAAUGAGCAUAUGUCAGAACUGCUGCGCACCUGCCAUUGCCAGGUGGCGUUGUGUGCGUUUGUGGGUUCGGGAGGUCUCGGCCGAGUGCGGUUAGUGGCACGGGUACUUGUCAGGCAGGUGCGCACACGCCCACUGUUCAGAGAGGGUGAGAUGAGCGGUCCGCUUGGGCGUUUGAGGUCCUGGCUAUUGCGGCAAUCGUCAUUGCCGGUUAGGUUAGCCUAGGGGGGAACCGGAGGGGUUGGCACGCGUGAUGCCUUCAAGCAAUUUGUGGGCGCCUUCAUACACAAUUCCUGUGCCUCUGUUACUACGAAUUGCUCGUGAUAUUUGUUAGCAAUGUUAACACCCUGCAAUUUGUUUGAAACCUUUCUCGCCUUCUCGAAUCACUGUCUUUAAACCGCG